AGGGUUUGAGUGUUUGUGGUGCUGUCACCUUUACUUUGAUGUUUUUUUUAAUGUUAUGUAGCUCUACGUCUUCCCAGCCUUUUGAGAGUCAAAGAUGCAUCCAUCACAAGGCAGGAUUAUAUGGAUGCUGACAGAAAAGCUGCAGACAUUUUGACAACAGCAGGGUAAAAGCAUCUCUUGUGCCCUGAGGAACUCCCGGAAUGGCCCUCCUUCUCCCAACAUCCUGGACUCUCUUCUCUUCACUGCUGGUGCUUUUAUCUCUGCACACAGCUGCAGGUAAACAGGUGUAAAAGUCUUUUUUUAAAGUUUCCACCUCCUAAUAAAAAGUAUUCUGUGUGCUUGUCAGGUAUGUCAGGCUGGGCUGGAUGUUUGGAUGGUGAGGAUGUGUUUGCUGAAAUCAAGGAAAACAGCCUCUCCGGGGACAUUGUCUCCGAGCUGGCGGUUGACACCACAGCAGAGGGAGUUCAGUGGAGUUUGGUCGGAAAGGACGCUGACUGGUUCUUCCUGGAUGGGAAAAACAUCCGUCUGAAUGUAUCGGAGGACAAAAUCUUGGACCGAGAGUCCCUUGGUCCCAUUCUAACAGUAGAGUUACUGUGUAAUCAGGAGAACGUACUUCAGAGUAUGAACAGGGUCAUCGUAAAGAUUCUUAACGAAAACGAUAAUUUGCCUGUGUUUGAAAUUAAAGAGAAAAUUAUGUUUAUCAGUGAGCUGACUAAAGUGAACAGUGUGGUUUUUACCAUCAGAGCUACAGAUGCAGAUAAUGACAAGAUCAUCUAUAUGAUAGACCGAACCUCCCCUGACGCAGAGUACUUUAAGAUUGACCUUCCCAACAGUGGAGAGGUGAUCCUGUCCAAACCUUUGGAUUUUGAAACCAAACCUCUUCUCACCGUCACUGUUUUUGCUUCGGAAAUGAACACAGCUGAGCACCACAACACCAGCAUCAGCAUCACCAUCCACGUCCUGGACGGGGACGAUCAGUACCCGCAGUUUGAGCCCUGCAUGCUGCUUUUCCAGGACGAGAAAAGUCAAAUCUGCACCAGCCCGGUGUACACCGUCAAUGUGACGGAGGGGGAAGAGGUCAGUCGGCCCUCUUUUCUUUGUUGUGUCUGUCAUACGAUAUGUGAGGGUGUUGAAUGUCUGUCCUGCUGCAGGACAUUGAGUUGGAUUUUUUCCCCGGUCCCAUUCAUGCCGUGGAUGGAGACAGAGGGCUCAGCUCCCCGAUCAGUUACGCCAUUCUUCCAGGUACUACACUCUCCAACACGAGUUAAUCUGGAGCUAAGACAUGCUGAGCUCGCUUGUGAACACCUGUAACCGUGCCUCUGCUAAUGAC